GGCGGAAUGCUGGGGGUGUUCUGUCGGCGCGAGACUGGGAGGCACCGGCUGCGGCAGCGGUGUGAGCGAGGGGCAGCCUGCUGCAGGAAUAAAGCAACGCCGGUUCCCUUUGCUUUCUAGAUAAACGUUUUAGUUUAUACCUGUUUGUACAAACGCAUCCGGUAGAAAAAUGGUAGACCGCGAGCAGCUAGUGCAGAAAGCCAGGCUGGCUGAACAAGCCGAACGGUACGACGAUAUGGCAGCCGCGAUGAAAUCGGUAACAGAACUGAACGAAGCCCUUUCCAAUGAAGAAAGGAAUCUCCUGUCUGUUGCUUACAAAAAUGUGGUAGGGGCAAGGCGUUCAUCCUGGAGGGUGAUUAGCAGCAUCGAGCAAAAGACCUCUGCAGAUGGUAACGAGAAGAAAAUUGAGAUGGUGCGGGCCUACAGGGAGAAGAUAGAAAAGGAGCUGGAAUCUGUGUGCCAAGAUGUGCUCAACCUCUUAGACAAUUACCUGAUCAAAAACUGCAGCGACACACAGUAUGAGAGCAAGGUCUUCUACCUAAAGAUGAAGGGAGACUAUUACCGCUACCUUGCCGAGGUGGCGUCUGGCGAGAAGCGUGCCACAGUGGUGGAGUCCUCAGAGAAGGCAUACGGCGAGGCUCACGAGAUCAGCAAGGAGCACAUGCAGCCUACACACCCCAUCCGGCUGGGCCUGGCCCUCAACUACUCUGUCUUCUACUACGAGAUCCAGAAUGCUCCUGAGCAGGCCUGCCAUUUGGCCAAGACCGCCUUCGAUGACGCCAUCGCUGAGCUGGACACCCUCAACGAGGACUCCUACAAGGACUCGACCCUCAUCAUGCAGCUUCUCCGCGACAAUCUGACACUCUGGACAAGCGACCAGCAGGACGACGAAGGAGGGGAAGGGAACAAUUAAGCCCUGGGGGGGAGGGGGAAACUGGCUGCUGCAGCUGCGACCGCAGUCUUUUUUUUUCCACUUGGGGUGGGGGAGGGAGAGCUUCUGGUUACCCCCUCCCCUCACUCUCCGCCCUGUUGACGCCUCUUCGACAUUUGCCAAAACACCACUAGCGGAAAGUCAGACUUGGCCGUGCUGGUUCGGAGUGGGAGCCACACACUGGCAUUUGGACUGUUCUGUAGUUAAAUAAGUGGAGUUGUUUCAUUUAACGUAAAGCUAGGCAGACGUAAAA